AUGAUGACCACUAAUAGCGAAAUAAGUGAAGGCUUAUUAAAUAUUGAUGUAUUGAAUCGAUUAGAUUUUCAUGCAGCAUCUUUUGUGAAAGCUCCAAUAACGUUGCGCUAUGUUAGUUCAAAAACUUCAGCUAUUGGACCAGCAUUAUGUCAUGGUAUUAUUGAUCUACUUGAUCAUGUAACAAAAAGAUUUCAUGAAUAUAAAGAAGAUGAUACAACUAGUUUUGGUAAUGAAAAUCAUUUAUAUCAUUCGUGUCAAUAUACAUUAAAUGUCAAAGAAGAUAAUAUUCAAUUUGCUGAAUUAACUAAUAAUGAUGAUAAAAUAAAUAUUGAAAUAAGUUCAUUAGCUCCAACUAUGUUUUAUCAAUUACGUGAAGAUAUUGGUAUAUCAAAUGAAAAAUUUCGUCAAUCAUUUUCUGAAUAUAAUUUAAAAGAUUUCACAAAUACAGGUAGAAGUGGUUCAUUAAUGUAUAAAACAUAUGAUCAAUUAUUUAUUCUAAAAACUUUACUUGAUUAUGAAGCACGUUUAUUAUUGCAAAUUUUAUCUGGUUAUCAUUUACGAUUUCGACAAUAUUUAACUUUACUUAAUCGUUAUGUUGGAUUAUAUUCAUUGCGUAUACAAACAUCAUCAUCAAAUAUUAUAAUUUAUGUUGCUAUUACAAUUAAUGCAUUUACACCAUCAUUAAAAAUUAAUGAAAUAUUUGAUUUAAAAGGUUCAACAAUAAGACGAAAAAUAACUGGAUAUUUAUCAACAGAAAAAUUCUACAAAUUAAAAGAUAUGAAUUUUACAGAAUUAUAUCCAGAUGGUAUACGUAUACCAACAAAUAUUUAUCAAAAAUUAAAAAUUAUUAUUACUAAUGAUGCAAAAGCUUUAAAAAAACUUAAUAUAAUGGAUUAUUCAUUAUUACUUGGAAUCAGACAUUUAGAUAUGUCUGAAUCACAAAUGUUAGAACGUCAAAAGGUACAAGGAAUUACAGCUCUUCUUCGUGCAACUAAUAGUUUUACACCAAACCAAAUAGAGAAUUCAACUCCUAUUACUUCAUCAUCAAUUUUUGAACUUGAUACAACAUCUUUACCAAAUUCAUAUUUAAAACCAUUAGAAAUUCUCAAAGAAAAAAUUAACAUGAAUUUAUAUUAUAAUGAUGAUUCUAUUGCUUAUGCAACAUUACCUAUUCCAGGUAUUAUAAAUGGAACUAAUAAACGUGUUUAUAUUUAUUUAGCAUUGAUUGAUAUCCUUCAAACAUAUGAUACUCUUAGAAUUCUUGAUCAUACAUUUCGAAAACUUACUGAUUCUGAUAGGCAUCUUGAACAUUCUCUUAUUCCACCUAAUGAGUAUGAACAACGUUUUCAUCAAUUUUUAUUUAAAGAUGUUUUUAUUGAUGCUAAUGAUGAUUUUCCAUGGGAUAUAACUGACGUUAGUAAAUGUGUUACGGAUAUUAAAGAUGAAAUCAUGGAUAAUAAUAAAAUUAAACAAGAUAAAACUUAUAAUUGA